CUUCCGUCCAAUCCAUCCUCAAGCAGUGAACAGAGCCUAAAUGACGCCGCCGGCAUCGUAGCGGCGACGGUGUGGCCUGUCGGAGCUUCGCAUGGAGAGCAGCGGCCUUCGCCUGGCUGGCCAUGGCCUUAGCUUACCACACCAUUAACUCGGUUGAGAGGCGAGCGAGUCGGUCAGUCCUUGAGCUCGGCAGUCGACUCCUUCUCUCUCAGUCUCGACACGUUCGAAUCCUUCGCCGCCUCGAUUAGAGAACGAUAGUUCCGCCGCCGUCCCUGCGGCAGCGUUUGCCUUAGCUGCUUGCCCCAACAAAAAGGAGCAUUUUUUAUUUUUAUUUUUUGAAUUUUUCUCUCUUCAACGGUGAGUUGGAACCACCACUCGAUUUCAUCCUUUGAACCGUGAACUCUUCAGAGAGGAUAGAAGAGAUAGAGGCAGCCGCAUGGCAGUGGCCAGUGGAGGCGACGGUAGGCAGUUAGACUCAAUUCCCAGUGGCAACAGCGGGAAAAUGCUACUGGAGUGGCUAUGCCCCAUGGGUGUCGUCGCCGCCACUGCCGCCGGAGCGCCGACAGCCUCUCUACCUCAUUCCGCUCCAUUCUUCCCCACUGUCGCACGCAACCCACAUGCGGCGGAGCCGUGCGCGGAAACUCCGGCAGAUACAAAACAAAGGAGGCAGUCGUCGCCGCCGCCGAGGGAACAAAGGAAGAGAGAGGUGGUGGAGCACAGGAAGAGAUACACUAAACAAGAAAACCCCCAAAAGGUUCGGCGAUCUUGCAUUAAUGCAUGGCCAAAGUUGAAACCUCCCUCCAUUCAAGAAAAGCCUUAACUAGCCAAACGGAUUUUUUGAUGCUUCUCUCCGCUGCCUCAGUCUCUCUGGUCAUCAAUCCCGUGGCUUCUUCUUACACACUGCGUGUUGCAUUACUCCUCGACAGCCCUAACGACGCUGCAAAUUUAGCGGCCCCGUGCAAACUACCUCAUACGUAGCCUGGUACACUACCUCCAAUACACUGCAGAGCGUAGACUCUGAAUCAUUUAUUUAUUAGACUGCAAAGCGAGGGAAGAAGACAGAGUGCCUAUUCCCUUUUUGUAGUGGAAUGGGAUAGAUUGGUGACGAGGACGCCAAAAAGUUGGGCCUCGUUCUUUCCUCGCUGAUCCUAUUAUUAUAUUGUUCUUGUUGGUGGCAAAUGGUGAGCAAAGGAGAGGAGCAGGCAGGUGGAUAUCGGUCCCCAAGAGAAGAGAGAGAUGGGGAAUUGCGGAAGGAAUGGGCCUGUGAGACAGUACAUUAGAUCGAAGGUCCCCCGCCUGAAAUGGACGCCGGAGCUCCACCUCUCCUUCCUCCGUGCCGUCAAAAGGCUCGGAGGCCAUGACAAGGCGACACCGAAGCUUGUUCUCCAGUUGAUGGAUGUCGAAGGACUCGCUAUUUCUCAUGUCAAGAGUCACCUCCAGAUGUAUAGAAGCAUGAGGAACGACAUCGAGAAAAAGGAUUUGAAUGAAAAAAAGCGCUCAAAUAAAGGCAUUAAUGAUGGAGGUCCUGAUGAAGCAGAUGGGGGUGUCUCUUUCUACGCCUCAACCACCGCAAAGGAGUUCAAGUCCCAGUUCGUGUACUCUCCUCCCUCUCUUCUUCCUCUGAAAAGGAGCAGCUCUAAAAGUGGUGAGUGCAGAGAUCAAAUCUGUGAGCGUGAGGUGGCAGCUGGAGUCACCUCACAGCAAGGAUUGCUGGGGGGAAUAAAGGGGGAUGGAAUUGCAGGUCUAAGCUGGCUAAGAGAUUGUGAUGAGCGGAGUCAGAGAAAGGACUUGGCCAUGGCAGAAGCGGAUCGCUAUCAUCCUUCCAACUUCAAAGUUUUUGGGCUUGUGCCACAAGAAUCCGAACCUUUUAAGGCCACCCUAUUGCAUGCACCUGCAGAGAGGACAGUGGCCAAGGAUAGUGAUCAUGAAUUAGAGAUGAACAACUGCUCUUUGUCUCUCUCCUUGUCGUUGCAUCCAUCUCACUCUCAGAAGGAGGAUUUAAAGAUCUCCAGCGAAGGAAGCUGUGGAAUGAUCUCUUCUUCAGACAGAAAUAAUGUCAGUAAUGGUCAUUACAACUGCAGGUGCAUGCAGAGACUAAAUUUGGAGCUCUCCAUGUCCAUCUUUGGAUCUUAAACUAUAUGGCUUGCUCGCAUCUUUUCCAUGUCUUUCCUUUUUUUUUUUCAAAAAAAAAAAAACUAAUGUGAAUCAUUUCUUGUUUAUUUGGCCAUAGUUCUCACUUUAAUGGCCUUGCUAAGUUAGCUAGUGACAUUCUUGUGCCACAACUCAUU